CAGGUCUGCGCGCUCAGAGACCAGAGGGCGCAGGGCGGUGCUGGGUGACAUCUGCGUGUGGCGGGGCGCAGUGCCUGGGCGACCCCUGAGCAUAGGGCGCGGUGGCCAAGGGAGCAAACAGGCGCCCCCUUGGAGUGUGCCCAGAGGCAGCUCCUGAAAUCAAGUCUGGGACCCCAGAUGUGGCCGGAGACAUCCUGAAGAGGCUGAGGGGCUGAGGAGCCUUAGGACUAUGCUUACUCAGAGCCAGAGAAUUUUCCUGCUGUUUGAGCAUCCUCCGAUUUUUCCUUCACCUCAAUCCCUGUGCUAUGGAGACCACCAAUGGGACUGAGACAUGGUACAAGAGUCUGCACGCUGUGCUGAAGGCCCUAAAUGAGACCCUCCACAGCAACUUGCUCUGCCGGCCAGGACUGGGGCCAGGGCCAGGGCCAGACAACCAGACUGAGAAACGGCAAGCUAGCCUACUUGGCCGUGAUGACAACUCCUACAUGUACAUUCUCUUCGUCAUGUUCCUGUUUGCUGCCACAGUGGGCAGCCUCAUUCUGGGAUAUACCCGCUCCCGCAAAGUGGACAAGCGCAGUGACCCCUACCACGUGUACAUCAAGAACCGUGUGUCUAUGAUCUGAGUUUGGAGGCUGGGAAUGGCACUAGAUCAAGGCACAUGAGACUUGUCUUCUUGAGGCCUCCAGAACUCAGGUGUAGACCACAUCAGGUCUCAGUGUCCCUCUCUGUGAGAUCUGUAAGAAGCAGUGCUAAGGGAGGUCAUCAUGGGAGUGAGAGGAAAGGGGCUGACAGAGCUGGACUUUGUGGAUAAGGAUUUUUUUCCCAGGUAAGGUUAGACUUUAUAAACAAUGGGAGCCCCAUGAAUAAGCAUAGAAAUAGCAAAGGAUAAUGACCAAUGACCAGUCCAGUGGCUGGGGUGUUGGGGGGGUGAGGGUUGGAGAAAAAAGAGGAGGAAGUUGUAGCAGUAGGAAAUGAACAGGAAGAUGGACUAAGGACAUUUUUGUGUGUGUGUUUGUUCAACAACCAUGAGAAGCAGCAAUGAUUAUCCUAUAUCACAGAUAGAUUAUAGUUGCUUACAAAUUUAUUUAAUCUAUCUUUAUAUUUGUUCACAUUUUAUAUUUUUCAACACAUUUAACUUUUGUGAUUUUACCCCUCUCUGAUGUAAGCAGGGAAACCCUGGUGGCAUAGUAGUUAAGAGCUACGUCUGCUAACCAAAAGGUCGGCAGUUUGAAUCCACCAGGUGCUCCUUGGAAACACUAUGGGGCAGUUCUACUCUGUCUUAUAGGAUCGCUAUGAGUCAGAGUCAACUCAACCACAAUGGGUUUUAUGGGAGGUAUGCAGGGCAACUGCCAUUCUACCCAUUUGGGCCUAAGUGGUGCCAUGACUGGAACCCAUGCCUCUUGAUUCCUUGCCUAGUACUUUCCAAAACUCUGUUCCACAUGGGAGUAGAUCCAGGUUUUGUGGGCCUGAUGCUUAUAUGAUUUUGUGGAGCCUCUUUAAGAAAAAUAAUUUUAAAAUAUCUUACUUUUGUAAAUAUUACAAAAACAUAUCACCAUGUUAACACGUUGCUAGGGCCCCUCCUAGGGCCUUAGGAAGGAGCCCAUGCAAGUCUGGGGCCCUGAAUGUUAAACCUCAUUAGCUUCACCCACCUUUUGAGCUAUCACGUUACAGUGCCCUUCCCAACCCAGACCACAUGACUUCACUACCUCCAACACAGCCUCUUCCAUUUUGAUUUUUGAUUGUGAGAAAUUCUCCUGAUACCAAGUUGAAAUCUGCUUCCUUGAAGCUUCCACCCAUUGCUUGCAGAUGCCAUUAAGAGAACAGUAUGUGAAAUGCAGGUACAUGGUUCAGUGGAAAGAGAAUCAGCCCUGGUUCUGUCACUAAUGUGGUGUGUGACUUGGGCUGGACACUUUCUCUCUCUGAUCCUUUCUCCUCUUCUGUACAAUGAAAUAGUUAGACUUGAAAGUUUCUUAGGGCCCUAUCAGUUCUGACAUUUUAGGCUUCAUGUGUAUCAGGUUGAACCACAAGAUACUGCUGUUUUUGUAGGUCAAAAACAGGUAGAUAUGAGUAGUUUCAUAUGGUUCCAUCUAAUACAUGCAGUGUGGCAAGUGAAGACUUUACAAGCCAUUUGCUCCAAAUCCCAGACCAGUACUUCUCAUUGUUCUCUUUGUCAGAUUUCAGCUUAAGGGAUCUCCGUGGGGUCUCCAGAAAGCCCACUGAAACAUACAUAUUUGUGCAUAGCAAAAAAUGUGAAAGAGUAUUUUAAUAGCGGUUAUCUCUGAGGAAUAGAAUUAUGGGUGAUUUUCUCUCUCUACUUUAUACAUUUAUGUAAUAUUUACAUAAAUGUAUAAAGUAAAUUAUUUCAUUUACUUUAUACAUUUAUGUAAUAUUUGAUAUAUUUAAUCAUAAGUAUGAUAUUUGUAUAAUAAGUAAAAAAAAAACUUUUUUCACUUUGAAAAAACAAAAAUGAGUGCCUAUAUGUUUCCUGAAUGGAGGAUUACAAAGCACUCUUGCUCUCAUCAGCAGAGUCUUAGUCAUCUAGUGCUGCCUUAAUAGAAAUGCCAAAAGUGGAUGGCUUUAACAAAGAGAAAUUUAUUCUCUCACAGUGUAGGAGGCUAGAAGUCCAAAUUCAGGGUGCCUGUUCCAGGGGAAGGCUUUCUUUGUGUUUCUGGGGGAAGGUCCUUAUCAUCAAUCUUUCCCUGGUCUAGGAGCUUUUCAGCACAGGAAACCCAGGUCCAAGGGGUACACACUCCUGACUCUUCUUGCUUUGUGGUAAUGAGGUCCCCUUGUCUCUCUGCUCGCUCGUCUCUUUUAUAUCUCAAAAGAGACCGAUUUAAGACAUAACCUAAUCUUGUAGAUUUUGUCUUGCCUCAUUAACAUAACUGCUGCUAAUCCCACCUCAUUAACAUCACAGAGGUAGGAUUUACAACACACAGAAAAAUCACAUCAGAUGACAAAAUAGUGGACAACUAUAUGAUACUGGGAAUCAGACUAGCCAAGUUGACACACAUUUUUGCGGGGGACACAAUUCAAUUCAUAACAAGCAGUUAUGUUGACUCCCUGAAUAACUGUGCUGAGCCCCCGUGUGUGCUCGCCCUUCCUGUACUUGAGGGAGGAGGUGAAGACCUGCUUAAGAAUAUCUGACAUAUGGGAAGACAACGGAUUCAGAAGUCUGCAGAUGUAUGGGAUUUUAGACACCACCUAGCCCAAACUCCCAAAUAAGGAAUGCAGCCAAGUAUAAGAGUAGUCAGGUGAUGAAUGCUAUAAGGGUUUUGAGAAAUGAGGUUGAGUAGAUCUAGCAGUGUCAGGGAGAGGUGGAACUUGAACUGGGCUUUAAAAGACAGGACAGAACUGGGUGGGCAGAGUGAAUGGGAGAUUAGGGUACCUCAGGGAACAAGACAAGGAACGGAAGCCCUGGAGGCAGAAGUGUGGGGAGAAUAUCCUGGUGAAAACAGGUAAAGCAGCAAGCAAGGUUGCUCUACAACCUCAGAAUCCCCAUCUGUGGAGGAGGUCCCCCUUCACACAGUCAUUCGUGCUCAUGGGACUUAAUAAUAAAAACUACUUUGUUUACUUAGGUGAAGGGAAAGAAAACACACAAUACAGGAGAGGUCAGCACAACUGGACUAAACCAAAAGCAAAGAAGUUUCCUGAAUAAACUGAAUGCUUUGAAGGCCAGUGUAGCAGGGGCAGGGGUUUGGGGACCAUGGUUUCAGGGGACAUCUAAGUCAAUUGGCAUAAUAAAAUCUACUAAGAAAACAUUCUGCAUCCCACUUUGAAGAGUGGCGUCUGGGGUCUUAAACACUAGCAAGCAGCCAUCUAAGAUGCAUCAAUUGGUCUCAACCCACCUGGAUCAAGGCAGAACGAAGAACACCAAGGACACAAGGUAAUUACGAGCCCAAGAGACAGAAAGGGCCACAUAAACCAGAGACUACGUCAUUCUGAGACCAGAAGAACUAGAUGGUGCCUGGCUACAACCGAUGACUGCCCUGACAGGGAACACAACAGAGAACCCCUGAGGGAGCAGGAGAGCAGUGGGAUGCAGACCCCAAAUUCUCAUAAAAAGACCAGACUGAAUGGUCUGACUGAGACUAGAAGGACCCUGGUGGUCAUGGCCCCCAGACCUGUUGGCCCAGGACAGGAACCAUUCCCAAAGCCAACUCUUCAGACAUGGAUUGGACUGGACAAUGGGUUGGAGAGGGAUCCUGGUGAGGAGUGAGCUUCUUGGAUCAGGUGGACACUUGAGACUAUAUUAGUGUCUCCUGCCUGGAGGGGAGAUGAGAGGGUAGAGGGGGUUAGAAGCUGGUGAAAUGGACACGAAAAGAGAGAGUGGAGGGAGAGAGCGGGCUGUCUCGUUAGAGGGAGAGCAAUUGGGAGUAUGUAGCAAGGUGUAUAUAAGUUUUUAUGUGAGAGACUGACUUGACUUGUAAACUUUCACUUAAAGCACAAUAAAAAUUAAAAAAAAAUUAUUUUGCUUACAAGUUACAGAAACCCAAUGUGCAUUAGCAUAAACAAAAAAGGAAUCAAUUGAGAGGAUUACAGGGUAGCUCACAAGUUCAAAAGAGCUGCAGACACCAGGGCAACGCCAGAGAUCUCAGGGUCUGGAACUACUCAUUGGUCUGAAUUCACAAAGUAGGAGCUCUGUGUAUAGGUAUUGCCCGGGUUACCAAUGUCCAACUUACAGACAGCUCACACUUGCCCUUCAAUGUUACAUACAUUUGCCCUCACUUUGAAACUACUGAAGCAACCCCUACUUCCAACAAAUACUGCAUCACACUCACCUUCAUUUGCUGCACAUGCAGCUUUUAAAUCAUUUAAAAGACUUUGAGCCUUUCUUGCACUUAAGUAAGGCUAAAGAAGAACCAUAUGCACCUGUUCCGACUUACCUACAAAUUCCACUUAAAGACAGAGUUAGGAAUGGAUCUCAUUUUUAAUCCAGGGACUACCUGUAUCUCAUUACACACACCUAGAGUUAGACUAAAUAAAAUUCUAGGAUUUUAAGAUAGCAUUAUUUAAAACUUUUAAUAUUCUAUGAGGUAGGCACUCCCCUUAACCUACCUCCAGCUCCAUCUUCCCCAGUAGUCUGGAAGCUCUAACCCACCACCUCAAUCAGCCCAUAGGAUCACUUGUCUGCACUGGUCCUGCCAUCUGCUGGCCAAAUCCCAGAACAUCGCCUUGCAGCCUCAAAGCAAAAUUUCAAUAAUCAUUCAUUCAAAAGAUAACUGCAUGCCUACUAUGUGCCAGGCACACUUGGGAUACAUAAGUGAACACAAAAGAUCAAAGAAAUCUCUGCCCUAAUACAUUUACUAUUUACUACAUGUUAGGCAUCGGUGUAAGCAUUUUACACGUUAACUCAUUUAACUUUCAAAACCCUCAUAACAACCCUAUAUAAUAGGUAUUACUUACAACUACUUCAAAAUAGCCCACUACUUCAAUAUGUAGCCCCCUUAUUACCCUCAACCCAAUUACAGCCUCAUGGCACACACAGCCCGGAGCGUAGAUCUGAACACGCCCCAGAAAUGAAUGGGAAGGUGAUUUGGGGAAAUGAUGACAGAGUGUUGACACCAGUGGUGUUAGGUUGAGUUCCCUAGAAGCAGAGCCUGAGACAGGCAUUUACCGAGGGAAUGCAUUUUAGGAAAAACCUACACGAGAGAGACUGAAGUAGAUUGUUGUUGUUAGGUGCUGUAGAGUCAGUUCUGACUCAUAGCGACCCUAUAACAGAACAAAACAAUGCCCAGUCCUAUGCCAUCCUACAGUUGAGUCCAGUUGGGUCCAUUUUGCAGCCACUGUGUCAACCCAUCUUGUUGAGGGUCUUCCUGUUUUUUGCUGAACCCCUACUUUACCAUGCAAGAUGGCCUUCUUCAGGGACUGAUCCUGCCUGAUAACAUGUUCCAAGUACAUAAGAUGAAGUCUUGCCAUCCUUGCUUCCAAGGACCACUUUGGCUGUACUUCCUCCAAGACAAACUUAUUCUUUCUUCUGGCAGUCCAUGGAUUGGUGGAUAUUCAAUAUUCAUGGAUAUUCAGUAUUCUUCACCAACACCAUAAUUCAAAGGUGAUGAUUCUUCUUCAGUCUUUUUUAUUCAUUAUCCAUGCAUAUGAGGCAAAUUGAAAAUACCAUGGCCUGGGUCAGGCACACAUUAGUCCUCAAAGUCAUAUCUUUACUUUUUAACACUUUAAAGUCAUAUCUUUACUUUUUAACACUUUUUUUUCAUAGCAGAUUUACCCAAAGCAAUAUAUUGUUUGAUUUCUUGACUGCUGCUUCCAUGGGUGUUGAUUGUGGAUCCAAGUAAAAUGAAAUCCUUAACAACGUCAAUAUUUUCUCUGUUUAUCAUGAUGUUACUUAUUGCUCCAAUUGUGAGGAUUUUUGUUUUCUUUGUGUUGAGGUGUAAUCCAUACUGAAGGCUGUAGUCUUUGAUUUUCAUCAGUUAGUGCCUCAAGUCCUUUCAGCAAGCAAGGCUGUGUCAUCUGCAUAUCAUAGGUUGUUAAUGAGUCUUCCACCAAUCCUGAUGCCACGUUCUUCUUCAUAUAGUCCACUUUCUCAGAUUAUUUGCUCAACAUACAGAUUGAAUAAGUAUGGUGAAAGAAUACAACCCUGACGUACACCUUUACUGAUUUUAAUCCAUGCAGUAUCCCCUUGUUCUGUUUGAAUGACUGCCUCUUGUUCUAUGUACAGGUUCCUCAUGAGCACGAUUAAGGGUUCUGGAAUUCCUUUCUUUGCAAUGUUAUCCAUAAUUUGUUAGGAUCCACACAGUUGAAUACCUUUGCAUAGUCAAUAAAACACAGGUAAACAUUUUUCUGGUAUUCUCUGCAUUCAGCCAAGAUCCAUCUGACCUCAGCAAUGAUAUCCCUGGUUCCACAUCCUCUGCUGAAUCCUGCUUCAAUUUCUGGCAGUUCCCUGUUGAUGUACUGCUGCAACCGCUUUUAAUUAUCUUCAGCAAAAUUUUACUUGUGUAUGAUAUUAAUGAUAUUGUUUGAUAAUUUCCACAUUCUGUUGGAUCACCUUUCUUUGGAAUGGGCACAAAUAUGAAUCUCUUCCAGUUGGCUGGCCAAGUAGCUCUCUUCCAAAUUUCUUGGCAUAGACAAAUGAGCACCUCCAGAGCUGCAUUGUUUGUUGAAACAUCUCAACUGGUAUUCCGUCAAUUCCGGGAACUCUAUUUUUGCCAAUGCCUUCAGUGCAGCCUGGACUUCUUCCUUCAGUACCACUGGUUCUUGAUCAUAUGCUACCUCCUGAAAUGGCUGAACAUCGGCCAGUUCUUUCUGGUAUAGUAACUCAGUGUUCUUUCCAACUUGUUUUGAUGCUUUCUGUAUUGUUCAAUAUUUUUCCCACAGAAUUGUUCAAAAUUGCAGCUUGAGGCUUGAAUUUUUCUUCAGUUCUUUCAGCCUGAGAAGUGCUGAGGGUACUCUUCCCUUUUGGUUUUCGAACUCCAGAUCUUUGCACAUUUCAUUGUAAUACUUUGUCUUCUCAAGCCGCCCUUUAAAGUCUUCUGCUCAGCUUUUUUACUUCAUCAUUUCUUCCAUUUGCGUUAGCUACUCUAUGUUCAAAAGUAAGUUUCAGAGUCUCUUCUGACAUCCAUUUUGGUCUUUUCUUUCUUUCCUGUCUUUUUAAUGACCUCUUGAUUUCUUCAUGGAAAAUGUUGAUGUCAUUCCACAACUUGUCCGGUCUUCAGUCAUUAGUGUUCAAUGUGUCAAAUCUACUCUUUAGAUGGUCUCCAGAUUGAGGUGGGAUACACUGAAGGUCAUAUUUUGUUUCUUGCGGAUUUGUUUUUUAUUCAGCUUCAACUUAAACUUGCAUAUGAGCAAUCGAUGGUCUAUUCUGCAGUUGGCCCCUGCCCUUGUUCUGACUGAUAUUGAGCUUUUCCACCCAGCUUUGCACAGAUGUAGUCAACUUGAUUCCUGUGUUUUCCAACCAGUGAGAUCCACAUGUGUAGUCACAGUUGACGUUUUUGAAAAAAGGUAUUUGCAGCGAAUAAGUCCUUCUUCUUGCAAAAUUCUAUCGUGUGAUCUCCGGGGUUGUUUCUGUCACCAAGGCCAUAUUUUCCAACUACAGAUCAUUCUUUUUUUCCAACUUUUGCAUUCCAAUCACCACUAAUUAUCAAUGCAUCUUGAUCACAUGUUUGAUUAAUUUCAGACUGCAGAAGCUGGUAAAAUCUUCAAGUUCUUCAUAUUUGGCAUUAAUAAUUGAUGCAUAAAUUUGAAUAACAGUCAUAUUAAGUGGUCUUCCUCAUAGCCCUAUGGAUAUUAUCCUCUCACUGACAGCAUUGUACUUCAGGAUAGAUCUUGAAAUGUUCUUUUUGAUGAUGAAUGCAACACUAUUCCUCUUCAAUUUGUCAUUCCUGGCAUAGUAGACCAUGUGAUUGUUCAAUUCAAAAUGGCCAGUACCAGUCCACUUCAGCUUACUAAGGUCUGGGAUAUCGAUCUUUAUGUAUUCUAUUUCAUUUUUGGUGAUUUCCAAUAUUCCUAGAUUCAUACUUCAUACAUUCCAUGUUCCAAUUAUUAAUGCAUGUUUGCAGCUAUUUAUUCUCAUUUUGAGUAGUGCCAAAUCAGCAAAUGAAGGUCCCAAAAGCUUUACUCCAACCACAUCAUUAGGGUUGACACCACUUUGAGGAGGCAGCUCUUCCCCAGUUGUAUUUUGAAUGCCUUCCAACCUGAGGGGCUCAUCUUCUGGCACUGUACCAAAUAAUGUUUUGUUGCUGUUCAUAAGGUUUUCACUGGUCAACUUUUUUUCAGUAGUAGACCACUGGGUCCUUCUUCCUAGUCUGUCUUAGUCUGGAAGCUCUGCUGAAUCCUGUCCACCAUAGGUGACUCUGCUGGCAUUUGAAAUACUGGUGGCACAGCUUCCAGCAUCACAGCAACAGGCAAGCCACCACAGUACGACAAACUGACAGAUGCAUGGUGGUUGAAGUAGAUAGGAAAGGAAAACAGUCAAACAAGUUGUGGUUUUAGGUCAAGUCUGGCUUUAGCCUCAUCUACAGGGAACAGUUAUAUAUGGCUAGGGCAUAAACCACAUGGAAGAAUUACAGCCCACUGAGGCAAGAGGGCUGGCCUUUUGUACCCGCAUAAAAGUUAGUCAUUGGUUGUGGGCUACCCUGGCAGAGAGGGAGAAGGAGGCAUGGGAAGAGGUUUCCAUCAGCUGAGGGCAAUUCUCUGAAGAAGGGUAGCAGCUGUGAGUUAUUAGCAGGACAGGGCAAUGGAAGAAAGCAAAACAUGGAAUUGGUCUUAGUUGGAGACUAGCCCCAGCCUUGUUUCUGAAGCUCAAUUUUAAAAAAGUUUCUUAAUAGACUAUUUUUUUAGAGCAGUUUCAGGUUUAUAGAAAAAUUGCAGAAAGUACAGAGUUCCCAUAUACCCCUUUUUCCCCUGCACAUUGUUUCUCCUGUUACUAUCUUGCAUGGUACAUUUGUUACAACUGAUGGACCAAUACUGAUACAUUAUUAUUAACUAAAGUUCAUAGUUUACAAUAAAGUUCACUCUUAGUAUUGUGCAGUCCUAUGGAUUUUGACAGAUGCAUGAUGUCAUGUGUCCACCAUCAUAGUAUCAUAAAGAAUCUAGUUUCACUGCCCUAAAAAUGCCCUGUGCAUCCCUCUCCCCUGCCCCUGAACUCCUGGCAACCACUGAUCUUUUCACUGUCCCUAUGGUUUUGCCUUUUCCAGAAUGUCAUAUACUUGGAAUCAUACAGUGUGUAGCUAUUUCAAACUGACUUCUUUCACUUAGCAGUAUUUUUUUUUAUGACUUGAUAGUCAUAAAAAAAUAUAUUUUUGUGACUUAAUAGCUCAUUUCAUUUAACUGCUGAAUAAUAUUCCGUUGUAUGGAUGUACCACAGUUUGUUUACCCAUUCACCUAUUAAAGGACAUUUUGGUUGCU